CUGGCAGCCUGCAUCUGUAUAAAUGGGGCUGCCCACCUCUCCACUCUGACCUGAAGGCAGAGAUCCUGUGGGCUCUGUGGGGUGGCGGCCCUUUCUUUCUGCAGGAGGAGUCACGGCAACAGAAGCCAUGUUGUUGUGCUCUCUGGUCCUCACCCUGGCCUCUCUGGCGGUCUUGGGCAUGGAGAACAGUAUGAAGGAAGUCUGUUUUGGGAGCCCUGGCAUCCCUGGCACUCCUGGAUCCCACGGCCUGCCAGGCAGAGAUGGGAGAGAUGGCAUCAAAGGAGAUCCUGGGCCUCCAGGCCCCAUGGGCCCUCCUGGAGGAAUGCCUGGCUACCCUGGGCCUAAUGGGCUGACCGGAGCCCCUGGGGUCGCUGGAGAGCGUGGAGUACAGGGGGAGCCUGGUGAGAGAGGCCCUCCAGGACUUCCAGCUUCUCUAGACGAGGGGCUUCAAGCCACACUCAGUGACCUGACACAUCGGAUCCUGCAGGCCAUGGGAGUCCUAAGUUUGCAGGAGUCCAUGCUGGUAGUGGGAGAGAAGGUCUUCUCCACCAAUGGGCAAUCAGUUAAUUUUGAUGCCAUUAGUGAGUUGUGUGCCAGAGCAAGGGGCCGCAUUGCUGUCCCAACGAGCCCAGAAGAGAACGAAGCCAUUGCCAGCAUCGUGAGGAAGCACAACACUUAUGCCUACCUGGGCCUGGAGGAGGACCCCAGCUCUGGAGACUUCCACUACCUGGAUGGGGCCCCUGUGAAUUACACCAACUGGUACCCAGGGGAGCCUAGGGGUCGGGGCAAAGAGAAGUGUGUGGAGAUGUACACAAAUGGGCAGUGGAAUAACAAAAACUGCCUGCAGUACCGCCUGGCCAUCUGUGAGUUUUGAGCAGGCACCCAGGCCACAGGAUAGAUAGGGCCCUGCCUUGCCUUUCAGCCUCCAUCGUGAGGAUGCACCUGAUCUCUGAGAUGCUAUAGCUCCUCUUCAACAAAAUUGUAUUUGUGGCUAUUAGGGCGGGUGGCAUUCUUAGCCACUGCACUCCCUGGACAGGCCCUGAAUUCCCACCCACAUCAGGAGUCAGUCUGACACUCCCCCCAAGCCCUUCCGAGCACUCUGGGAGCCACUCCUGACUUUGCCCUUUGGCAAGGGACGGAGACUUCCUUCUUCCUCUUCUUGUCCAGUCCCUUCACUUCUAGAUGGCAACAGUGAGGUCUAGGGAUGGAAGUUCUCUCCAAAAUCACACAGAACAUGUCUGCCUCCUGGCUUCCUCUACUCUUACUCUGCAGACUACCACCAGCCCAGCCUCAGCAAGAUUGAACAGUUCUGGUCAAGCAUAAGGAUAGAGACAGAUGGACUUCCAGGGAAUUCCAAAUGUGUGAGCUAAGGACCCAUUUGGCAUUAUCUGGUCUGUGUCUCCAUGAAGUCAAGGGGCAAGGUGGUGUCCCCAACAUGGUGGAGGCCAACCUAACCCUAAUGAUUGGCAUGGAUUAUCCACUUCCUGGAGUCUUGGGUUGACUGCUCAACUCCUUGACCUAAAAGCAGCCAGUUUACACCACUAGGGAAGAUCUCAUCCCUGACCCCAGACAUAAUCCAAGUUACUUCCUGCUCAUGGACAUACCCCACACCAUUUUGGGUCUCAGUAAGGUGUUCACACCACCCAUACCACUGGCUAUUUAUUGAGAACAUAUAUAGUGCAUGUGCCAAGUCUAUGUACCCAGAACCUUGCCAAGGAAUAUGAUUUCAUCGUUACAUAAUGCCAUGGGCCCAGCCUUAUUUUCCCCAUUUUUAUUCAAGGACGCUGAAACUUAGAGAAGUUAAAUGUUUUGAGUUUUAUUACUUGGGGCAAGUGGCAAAGGCUGGAUUCACACUUAUCUACCUGGACCUGAAGUUCAUGCUCUUAAUCACCUCACCUCUUGCUUGACAGAGGUGAUUUCAGUGUAAUAAAUAAUGACUGCAUUAA